AGGGAAUGUGUGGAAAUCUUUAUUGUAGAAGUUGGCCGUGCCCAUUCAGGUUUCAAGGUAGCAAAAUCAAAAUCUACACUAACUGCUACUGGCGAUACCCAAAUCCACAUCAUCGAUCCUCUGAACCAUCAACUUUACUUUGAGUUCAAAGGCAUUCAUGAAAUCUCUCACAUGAGCUACAAGGAGAGAAAUUUUUCCAUAGAUACAAUGGGAGUGGUCUUUAAGACGGAAGCCCAUUUUGAUGAUCCUGAAGGACCAAAGAUGGUGUUUUACAUAAGGGACAACAUUGAGAGUCAGAUAAAAUGUGUAGCAACUGGGAAACAUUCUUAUGCCUUCCGGGAAGGGUUUGAAAACAGGGGAGGUCGUCGACAGGUGAUUGUGGUCCUUAAGAUGUGGAGGGUCCGCGCCUAUUUUUGUAACUUAUUCUGGCCUAUAGAAGAAUGGCUUCAGACCGAGGGGAACUUAUCUGACUUGAGGUUCAAUCCGCGCUUGCCGGAGGUAUAG